AUGGAAAUUUUUCUGGUUUUCACCAUAUGCAUGUGCAUACCGCGUUCCUUCAGUCAAUCGGUUACCCAGAGCCCGACAGCCAUUAACGGGAUGGAGUGUCAGUCUGUCACCAUCACAUGCCGUUUCCAUCCUGGUAGCACUGGUACAUACCGUUUUCAAACUGGACGGUUCUUCCGGGUGACCCAGCCUGGGUCAGAGCGGCAGCAGAUCACCAGCGGAGGACGGUUUGUUGUGAGGAGCAAAAGAAAUGAGAUGACUUUCUCGUUGGAAAUUCGUGAUCUGAGAGUUGAAGACAGCGCCACCUAUUACUGUCAAGCUGAGUACAGGUGGAAACACAGUGAUGGACCUGGGCUUCCUGCGACUUAUAAUCAGGACGGAACAGGAACGACAGUGACCUUCACAGCUGAUUCCAUUCCCCUGGGCAUUCAGAGGCCUGCUCUGCAAUCUUCUGCUGGCGAAGCCGUCACUUUAAACUGCGAAUAUUCCGGGUUCUGUCCAUACACAGUACACUGGUAUCGACAGUUCCCAGGGCAAGCACCGAUUUUCCUGCUUCGGAGACACACUUCGGGAGAGCAGGAUACGGAAAAGGCAGCGGGAGGACGAAUUUCUGCGUCUCUUGAUCCUGGAAAGAAAGUCAGCCAGUUGACGAUCUCCAAAGUGAAACCAAGCGACGCGGCUGUGUAUUACUGUUCACUGACUUCGCGCACAACACACUGA